AACGGCCUGAACCACGCAGAUCACAAGUCGCCUUUAGUGGAUCGUCGUAUCACAGGCUGUCAGCUGUUGGAUUCCCGGCUAAUCAACCGUUUGAUCGAAGCUAAUACGAGAUGGCCCGUACCAAGCAGACUGCCCGUAAGUCUACCGGAGGAAAGGCGCCAAGGAAGCAGCUUGCUACCAAGGCAGCCAGAAAGAGCGCACCGUCCACCGGAGGUGUGAAGAAGCCCCAUCGUUACAGGCCUGGAACUGUGGCUCUGAGAGAGAUCCGUCGUUACCAGAAGUCCACUGAGCUCCUCAUCCGCAAGCUGCCCUUCCAGCGUCUGGUGAGAGAGAUUGCCCAGGAUUUCAAGACCGAUCUGCGCUUCCAGAGCGCUGCCAUUGGUGCUCUUCAGGAGGCCAGUGAGGCCUACCUGGUGGGUCUGUUUGAGGACACCAACUUGUGCGCCAUCCACGCCAAACGUGUCACCAUCAUGCCCAAAGACAUCCAGCUGGCUCGCAGGAUAAGGGGAGAGAGAGCCUAAGCAGCAAGUGGCAGCUUCAAGACAAAUGAUACUAUUUAUCGUACUUAACCAUUUUGUGGACAUUUUUAUUUCUUGGGUAUUUUUUUAUAAGUUUCUUUUUUGAACUUUGUAAUGUAUUUUAGAUCAGGAAAAUUCAUCGACCAUUCCACAAGCAUGACUAUGCUUAGGAUAGUGUGAAAUAUUUGGCAGUAGGAUGACAUACCGAUACCUGUCUAUUUGAUGCAUUACAUUUUUUUGGGUCGUACCACCUCCUUGUGUUUGUUUGGGUUCAAGGCUGUCUGGAGAUGGCAUUGCUCAGAAACAGUUCUUCACAUCUUCCGAGAGGGGUUCUGGAUUAUUUUCCUAUCUACCAUAUUCUUCAAAAUGCCAGCAUGUCUUGCUGAAAAAGGUCUCAAUGCAGUGUACAACUAUUGACUAAAACCAGUUGAUCCUACACACUCAGACUAAGAGCAUGGCAGACCCUCAUGUAUUUUUCUGGACUGCUUUUUACAUGUUUUUCAACAAAUCUUGGCAGCUACAUUUAAUACUAUUUAUGAAGAUGUUGUCACAUGUCUUUCUAUUAAAGGUCUUUAUGAGUAGAAA